AUGAGAGCGCCUACAUCUCGUCGUCAAGCAGCUGUUGUUGCAAGAUUACUAAGCAGUUUGCUGUUUUUGUGGCUGCCAUUGAGUAGUUUCGCCCUCAAACCUCCCCAGAUCACCAUUGGCACCUCCACGACCACUCCUCCGCUCCUUGACGUCCCCACGUAUUCCAUGGCCACCUGCAAUGCCGAUGAUGGCAAGACCACCAAUAUGCAAAUAUUGACGUACGCGACACCCGUAUGCAUCCGACCCGAACGAGUGUGGUCCUUGGGUUUGUACAAAGAGACACUUUCGUACGAAAACUUUUGUCGAACACGAUCCUGCGUUCUACAGCUCUUGACGGAACAACACGCUCCCUUGGUCAAACUGUUGGGUGGUUCGUCGGGGAAAAAUGUCGAUAAGCAGAGCGAAUGUGAAAAACUGGGUUUUGUUUGGGGAAAACUUGCGGGUGAUGGCAGUGGUCCGAUGGUUCUACCGGGUUGCGCAUUUUAUUUGAAACUGACAGCCGUGGGAGAAAUUGUUGACUGUGGGGGGCACUGUGCCGUGCUUUGCAAAGUGGAGGAGAUGUUGACGGACAGUGACGAGGGAUAUCUCUCCACAGCGCGACUGCGAGAACUCGGCAUUAUCACUGAACAGGGCCGAGUUGCAGAGUAG